GGCACCUUGACGACGUUUGGUUACAGCAUCGUCCAUGUUGUUGAUAGUUGCUUAGUCUGAUAAACAGGGGGUGCACAGUAUAGGAGUCAUUUGAGGAAAUACCGCGACCCUUGCAACUGCCAAGAUGCCUGGGGGUACCACACUAGCACAGCGUCCUAUAACUGAACAGAUUGAAGAACUAAAGGCUAAAAUCGCCUUGUUAGAGGGUGACCGCAAGGCUUACUAUGAAUCCUCGCAGUAUUGUAUGAAACAGAAUCGAGAUGGCAUAGCAAAUCUCCGCAAAGAAACAACAGAGCUGAGAAAGAGACGAAGUGACAAACUCAAGCAAGAUGAACAUGUUAUCGACAGAGCCCUCAAUGACAAACCCGUCAUGAGAGCAGCACUCUCCAGCAAGACAGGCAGGGAGGCCAUUAUAAUUUAUGACCACAAAGUGUCAGACUCCAUGAAGCGCCUGAAUGCACUGCGCCAUCAAACAGCUCAGAAGCAGAAGAGGCUGGAGGAAGCACAGACCCAGUACAACAUCCUUGUGAAAGACUCCUCGGAUGCUGUUGCCACAGACAAGGGAGAUUCCCAUGAGGCCCAGACAAUGCGCUACCUAGAGAACUCCUAUGACAAGAUCAUCAUGAAGUGUGAGGAGGCGAAACAAGUCCGGAGAGUCUACUGUGAGAUCAAAUCCAAGUUUGCUGAGGAGGCCCAGACCUACCCAACACGAUUGGACCAGAUGGAGCAGGAGAUUGCCAAGACAAAGGCAGAGCUCAAGGACCUGAAGGCCAUGAAUAAUGAUGCUGAGAAUGCCAAGAGUUCAGCUCAGAAUGAGCUGAAGAAACAGGAGGAAAUUGUGUAUGGUGAGAGGAAGAAGAGGGAGAUUGAACUACAAAAGAUGAAGAAGGAGGCUGAGGAGAAGAAGAUGCAGCAUGAGAGAAUAGAGAAGAGACUGGCACAGCGUGGCUCGGUACAGGGGGACGAGCUGGCAGGCACAGAGAAGGCAGCACUGACUGGGGAGGAGCACCAGCAGAAGAUCACCACGUACGAGGAGGCCUUCAGGCGGAUCAAGGAGGCCACUGGCGUUUCGGACACUAUGGAGGUGGUUGAGCGCUUCCAGAGUCAAGGCCACACCACUCAGCACUUGGAGGAUCUCAAGAAGGACAAUGAGAGGACCAUCAUCCAUUUCCGUGACGACAAGGAGAAACUCAAGCAGGAGUUUGAGGAGAUGAAGUAUUCAGGAGAAGCCAAGCUUUCAAGUGGGCAGGCUGUUCUAGAGGAGUUCGAAGCACACCUGUCCAAGGAGGAGAACCGACGUGAUGAUGGAGAUCAGAAUCUGCAGAGGGGCAGCAAGAUCCUGGUGCAGGUCAAGGCUGGCGUGGAGCAUCUGGCUGAUAAACUACACCACCUGAAGGCUAGUAAAGGCCACGUUCCGACAGCCCAGAUCAAUGCCUCGUCUGAUGAGUAUGUACUGGAUCAGUUGUCGACAUCAGAAGAGAAGCUACUCAAACUCCUUGAGGAGCUUGAUGGAAAAGAUUUGAAUGAGACCCUGAAACAGAUGGAGGAGGAGGAGUUCCAUGCAAGUAUAGAAGGGAAGCUGCCCACAUACAACACAAGGAUCAAACUGCCACAAACACAAAGAGAUCUUGUUUAUGAAGAUGAUGAAGACAGCGGUGAAGAUGAUGGAGAUGUCCCAUCUCGAACAACAAUCAAGAAACAGUCACAGUCCAUCAUUGAUUCAAAAACAAAAAGACGCAUUUCAAAGAAAAAGAAGAAGACAAAAUAAAUGACUGACUGACCAGAGUUUCACAUAAUGACCAUGCUUCUUGUGUAUAAAGAAAUAUGUACAUAUGAGUGUAUAGUUGUGGCAUUUUUACAUAAGAAUGUUUUACAUGAAUAUUUAUAUGACAUAUUAUGUUUGAUGGUAAUCAUUUAUGCAAUAUAUGUGAAACAGUUUUUCUUCUGUUUUCCAUCAGUUUUCCGUCCAUCUUUAUAUCAAAUUUUGAUAAUUAAAUAAAUAUGAUAUGAUUAUUUUUGUUACCUAUUCUGUGAAUUCUUUGUUCCUAAAUAUCAUUACGAAUGCGUGUGAUCUUGUUUUGUAAGAGAAUAAAAACAUGUACCAGUAAUGAAUUUAACCCGGAAGACUUGAUUAGGAAAAUAAGCCUACAAAUCAGUACUCUAUUUGAUAUCGCUACUAUUAGAAAGUAUUGUCUUCUUAAUUGCAUUUUAGAAACAUUUCCUUGUUCUUGAAAUGUUUCCAUCACAUGCAAUAUUCAUUUCAUAAAAUAAUUCAAUUAAAGAGAAAUAUGACACUGUUUUUUUGUCCAUUUAACAUAUACUUUUUAAUCUUAUUUGUUAUACAUUCCAUUACUUUAGAUGUUUAGUUUUAUUAUGAUUUGUUGUAAAAUGAUAUCGCCAACUAAUUUCUUAAAAAUGCCAAAUUAAUGUGUCCCCUGUCCUUUCCAUUGUGAUUGGUUCAAUACAUCACAAUCUGUAUAACACCAGCUGUAACUUGCAAUUGACAUGAUUAGUAACCAUGGUGACAUGUUUCAUCUUUUCCAUAUAGGAAGAAGACUAACAUUCAGGAAGGGUAGUUUCAUCUUCCACCUAUUUGUAACUGUGAGUGAAAGUAUUCAAUGAUUGUCAACAGUCCCUAGGUCAUCCUACAUUUCAUCAACAUGUCUAUUGCAAAAGUGCAUGUGACAGUGUUGAAUUCUUUUGGUAUGUAUUAGGGCUGGGACGAGUCCAAAUUUAGUACCUGGGUAUCUGACCCCCUAUUACCCGACCCUACCCUACCCGGGUACCCACUGCAGGUCUCAAGAGUUGGGAACAAAAUGUCUGAUUGGAAAUCGUUUUACCGCAGCCCUGGCCAAAACUAUUUAGAUACAUGUAUCAAACGAUCAGAUCAUGCAUUCAUGGAAGUUGACUGAAGUGUUAUCUUUACUAAAACAUAUACAAGUCAAAAGGAAUGUGUGUAUUGUCAGAAAGAAAUGCGAACAUUAGAGCCAUGUAGUGUAACCACUGAGCUAUAGUGAGUUUUUGUCAUUAAACAAUAUAUCACAUGAGUAACCAUGGGUCUGGAUAGUACUGUGGGUACCCGGGUCCUACACAGUACCCAACCGACCCGAGUACCAGUGUUACCCGUCCCAGCCCUAGUAUGUAUAGCUAUAACUGUAAUCAAAGUAUUAUGUACAUUUAAACUGAUGCAAGAUGUAUGUCAUAUUUCUCGGAAAUUAAGAUGGUUGAGAUGCUGGAUUAAAGAUAGUCUUGUUAUUGUUAAACAGUUUUGUUUUUGAAUUUCCUGUAAAUAGUUUUUCAUAAUACAGGAGUGUUUUUCUUUUUUGGACUUUUGAUUUACAAUUGUAAUUGCUCAAAUAAGUUUCAUCACAGAAUAAUGGUUUUGAUUAUUUAGGAGAUGUUUUAUAAUGCUGAUAAUGACUGUUCACAUUUGCCAUGUUUGAUCAUUGUAACUGAGUAGUGUUGAACUGAUAUUCCAAACGUAUAUGUUAAUAAAAUAUUGACAUGUUCAA